AGAAGCAACGCUAAUAAUCCAAAUACAAUAGGCAGAAGAAAGCCUCGGAAUCCAGUGUCUCUGCUUCAAAUAACAUCAAAGUCACAGCUUUUCUGUCGCAGACGCACUCUGUUUUACUCAGUUGAAACGACCCAAAUCUUAAUUCCAUUCUUCAAUGAUCUCCUGGGUUCAGCACUGCCUUAAAAAUACACAGUUUCUUAUCAAAGCCUCAAUAUCUUCUUCCCUUUUCCAUGCGACUGGAUCAAGUUAUCAAGAAGUAGGGCAAUGUGACAUUGAUAUUCUCAUAGCUAAGGUCCAUGUGGGAAGCAGUGAUGAUGAGGUUUUCCAAUGUCUUGUAAAUGACCAGGAGUGUAGUGCUAUACAACUCUCCGAUGAUCUUGUUGGUAAGUUGCUUCACCGGUUCAAGAACGAUUGGAGAUCUGCAUUGGGUAGUUUUAGAUGGGCAGCAUCACAUCCAGGCUAUAAACAUAGACCUGAUGCAUAUGAUACCAUGAUUGACAUACUUGGAAAAAUGAAACAAAUGGAUAAAAUGAGGGAAUUUUUAGAGGAAAUGCGCGAGAAUCAUCUUGUCACACUGAACACAGUAGCCAAGGUUAUGAGAAGGUUUGCUGGUGCAGGGCGGUGGGAAGAUGCAGUUCAGACAUUUGAUGAGUUAGGAAAAUUUGGAUUGGAGAAGAACACAAAAUCUAUGAACUUGUUACUUGACACUCUUUGCAAAGAGAAUAAGGUAGAACAGGCUCGAGAAAUAUUCUUGGAGCUCAAGUCACACAUUCUGCCAGAUGCUCACACAUUUAAUAUUUUCAUUCAUGGUUGGUGUAAAGUCAAUCGUGGUGAUGAGGCACAUUGGACGAUUCAAGAAAUGAAGGGGCAUGGCUGCCGCCCUUGUGUUAUCAGCUACUCAACCAUCAUCCAAUCUUACUGCCAAAAAUAUAACUUUAGUAAAGUCUAUGAACUUCUUGAUGAGAUGGUAGCACAAGGUUGUCAUCCAAAUUCUGUCACUUACACCAUUGUCAUGUGUUGGCUAUCAAAGUCACAGGAAUUUGAGGAAGCCCUCCAGAUUGCUGAGAGAAUGAAAACUGAGCGAUGUAAACCAGAUACACAUUUUUACAAUUGCUUGAUCCAUACAUUGGGGCAAGCUGGCAAAGUUCAAGAUGCAGUUUAUGUUUUUGAGGUGGAGAUGCUAAAGAGUGGUGUUAUCCCCAAUGCAUCUACAUAUAAUUCCAUGAUUAGUAUGUUUUGUUGUCAUGAUCAAGAGCACAAGGCCUUCAAUGUCCUCAAGGAGAUGGAGGAUAUGAAUCUUUGCAAGCCUGAUGUUCAGACUUAUUACCCACUGCUGAAGUUAUGCUUUAGAACCAAUUUCAAAGAGGGCUUGUUGAGCAUGUUACUUAAUGACAUUGUUAACAAACAUCAUCUUAGUUUGGAUCUUUCAACCUACUCGCUAUUGAUUCAUGGGCUCUGUAAACCUAAAGUAAACAAAAUUGAGUGGGCUUACCAGCUGUUUGAAGCAAUGAUUGGACAAGACAUUCUACCUAGAUAUCAGACAUGUCGUUUGCUUCUGGAUGGAGUUAGGGAGAAUAAUAUGCAUGAUGCUGCUGAGAGGAUUGAAGAUUUCAUGAAGAAAUUAUGAACAUAACUUGAGGAAAUUUUUUGCAAUUUUUCAUGGAAGAGUUCUCCAGUUUUCCUUGGACUUAAACUAGAAACAGUUUCCAUCUACAUUUACGUAUUUUAAGGUUUUGAUGAUUUAAGAUCAACCAUGCUUAGUGGUCCUGAGAGUUUCACUUGCACAUACAGUGGGAAGAUGCAGGCUGUCUGCAGUCUUCUUGGCAUUCUGCUAAUAGCUAUUUGCCAAUUCUGUGUGAAAUAAGCCAAUGCUUUUGGUGCCUGGGUAGCCUGAAAUGGAGAUGCAGGCGAAGGCUAUUAGUGGGAGGCUUAGUAGGUAAGAAACAUGGUGCAAUGCCUCAAUCAUUUGAUUUUAAACAUACCUAUAAGCAUAAAUAUGUAUGGGUCUGAUAAGUCCUUACUUCUUUAUAUCUUAAGACUGCCUUAGGCUAAUGCAGAUGGUCUUGAGAAACUUCUGAAUCAUGGUUGGGUAACCCACUCCCCCAUUUAAAGAAUAAAGUGUCCCAAGGUUUUUUUUCAAGGAUCAUCCUUCAUAAAUUCUUAAGUUCUGACUGAUAUUCUGAUAGUUUGUUUGUAAACUUUCUUAUCUGCUUUCUUUGAAUCUGUGGGUAAUUUGAUGAAAAAUGUCCACACAUAUUUUGGAUUCUUGUGUAAAUUUUUAUUUUAUUUUAUUUUAUUGCAUAUGGUCUUUUGUGUCAAAAGGGAAAGGAUCUAUGAUCCAUCUUAGGUUUGCAAAUGAAUAUAUGAACUCAAAUUCU